AUGACAAUUCAACCGCCCUCAGAAAUCAAGAUCACCUCCCGUCAAAUCCAAAAGUGGGAGCGGAUCCCCAACACUUCCAUCCAGUCCAAGCCUCUCUUGAUCUACCACCAAGCCUUCGAUGCGUCAGCCGAUGCCUUAUCGAAGCAUCUUGACAAAAUAGGCGAGGUCUCCCCAAGCUGGGUUUACACUAUGUACAGCCAAACGCACUUCCAUUCCACUAGUCACGAGGUUUUGGGUGUCGUUUCUGGCUCUGCACGUCUUUGUUUCGGAGGAGAAGGGAAUCCUGAUCGGUUUGAGCCUGAGGUCUCUAAAGGGGACUUGAUUAUAGUCCCAGCUGGAGUAGGUCACCGACUUCUUUCCGAGUCUGGUGACACUGGCUCCUUUAAGAUGGUUGGCGCCUAUCCACGAGGUAAGUCCUGGGAUAUGUGCUAUGGACAGCCCGGGGAGGAAGGCAGUUGUCGGAACAUUGGGGGCUUAGAUUGGUUUCACGCGGACCCGCUGUAUGGGGAAGAGGGACCUGCAUUGCAUGUUUGA